GACCUGUCGAACGAGCGCUGGCGGCACCACAUUUCCGUCUUGGAAAUCCAUGCAGUGGAAGAUUCCACCGGGUUCCCCGACCUGCUCGCCGGCACGAUGCGGUGCCCCCCGGAGCGGCUCAGCAGUGACAAAACCUUAUCCUGUGCAAAUGCCUCGUACUCGUAUAAAUGCAUUACAAAUUUCCUCAGCAUGAGAAAUAAAAUUUGUAAUGCUGAUCGACCUCAAGAACAAGAUUUGUAAUGCAUGAUUGCAAUACGAGUACGAUACUUUUGCACAGGAUAAACCUCGAAAGACGAGCCGGGCGUGCGGAACGCCUACAACCGGUUCUUGAAAGAUAUGCAUUGCAAAUAUGUCUGGGUCUGGAAGGAUGCGAACUUGUAAUGCUGGCGCUGCAUUCGAACCUGUGAAUUCUGUGCUGCAUGACCAACAAAAGUGGCAGCCUCUCAUGCCAUACAAAAACGCAGUUUCUCAUGCAGAGUUCGUAUGAGAAGGCGCUCUACGAGCUUGUCAUGCUUUCCUGCAUACGAAAGUGUCUUUAUCAUGCACAUUUUUGCAUUACAAAUUUCCAGACCCAGACAUUUUUGCAUUUCAUAAAAGAUCUAGAAGCGCAAUUCGCCAAGGGCUGUUGGGGCUCGUUUGACAACGAUUUUGCCGUGUCCUCGUAUCAGAGCGAAAACGAUGCAAUUAACAGUUCUCCAGAAGUAGUUCACGUGGCAAAUAAUUUCCAAAUGCUGUCUGCGCUGCCGAAUAAAUAGUAAUAGCAUGAUAUGAAAAUGAAAUUGAACCAAUAGGACUACGAGUCUCGUCCGUAAGUCGGAGCGAGUGUACUACGCGCGCCAAGCACAUUUUACAACAUGACAAGCCAUGGUCUUAUUAGGCUGUUUUGCAUACACAGAUUUUUGGUAUUCUGGGCCAAAAAGCUCUGCGGCUAGCGCUACGACAUCCCCGAGGCCGGUUGUAAUAUCAAAUUUGCAACGCAAGUGGUUCCAACUUCUGGGGUACUACUAGAAGCGGGACUUUUCACUAUGAUGCCUUCUCGUUCCCGCCCAAGUUGAC